GCUAUCUUAUAUAUCACUUCUAUCUCUGUUGUCCUUGGCUGUAACUCCAAUGGAGCAGUAAAAGCACUUAGAGUUAUACAGCUGAAUACUUUCAGUAGAAAAAUGUCAGUUUUAAAAACAAUCGUGUUAGGGUUUGGUUUAGUGGUGUUUAUUUUUCAAACUGCCGACGCCGUUUGUCCUGCCGGUUGGUUAAGUAUCCCUACACCACCAACUACGCAAUGCUAUAAAAUAUUUCCUAUGCAAAAGAAAAAUUUCAACCAAGCUCAAAGAUUCUGCACACAACAGCACGGCUAUUUGGCCACUGAGAAAUCCUUGGCCAGUCAUAACCUUCUGAAGCCUAACAUCAUCAAUACUAAACUCAUCGCGAAUGCAGCUACAUCUUUCUGGAUAGGUCUCACAGAUAACAACACAAAUGCGGGUCCGUGGAAAUGGAUUGGCGGCCAGCCGUUUAGUUGGACCUAUUUCCUCACGCCUCCUAAUAACACAAUCAAUAAACAAGACUGCGGUUUUGUUGUAUCAGCCGAGCCUCUUCUUAAAUGGCAUGUGACCAAUAACUGCAAUCUAAUCAAAGGAACAAUUUGUCAAAUUGACUUCAACUACACUGCACCAGGAAGUACAAUAAGACCUAUUACUUUGCCCCCUGUUUCCUGUGAUCAAGCCUGGACACCCUACCCGCUGAAGAGAACUUGUUUAAGAUUGUACAGCACGCCUAAAUCUUGGUUCGAUGCCAGGCAGUUUUGUAAGGACGCUGGCGGAGAUUUAGUCAAAGUAGCAGACAGUGCUUUCAAUAGCUUUGUUGAUUCCUUAAUCGCUAAGCAAAUUGGGGAUUAUUGGAUUGGAUUAAAUGACCAGAAAGGUGAAAAACAAUUUAUGUGGCUGGAUGAGACUGUUCAGGCUACCUUCACGUACUGGUCCAACAAUGAGCCCAAUAACUACGGAGGCAAUGAGAACUGUGUGGUAACAAUUGCGAGCAGCGCAUACAAAUGGAAUGAUUCACCUUGUGACACCAAGUACAGAUAUAUAUGUCAGAAGAGCCCAAAUCCCAAUGGAGUAGUGCCAGUGACAACAGCUACCACGGUGAGCCCCAACUGUUUCCCAGGUUGGCAGGGUGACCCUAAUUCAGACAACUGUUAUCAAAUCAACCGAAACAUGAUGAGCUGGCUGGAUGCUCGCACUGCCUGUCAAACUGCAGGCGGGGAUCUCACCUCAAUUACAUCUGUUCAAGAACAAUUCUUUCUAUCUGGUCGUUUGAUGUCCAUGGCUGGAAACUUCUUUUGGAUUGGUGCAAACGACAGAGCAACAGAAAAAGGUUUUGAGUGGACGGAUAAAUCACCAUUUGCUUUUUUGAACUGGAAUGCUGGUCAGCCAGACAAUUCAGGGGAAUCUGAUUGUGUUGUUAUAACAAAGGCCACUGGACGUUGGGAUGAUCUCCCUUGUAAUAGUAGAUAUGGAUUUAUUUGUAAAAGAAAAGGACGAGUGACCACUCCCACAGCUGCACCUGUAACAUCUCCUGCAAGACUCCCAGCUGGAAAGAUUUGGGGUUGUCCUGGUGGUUGGUUUGGUAACCGUGGUUACUGUUACAUGUUUGCCAGCUAUAUCAAUGGUACCACCUAUUCAGCAGCUAAUAUGUUCUGUGCUAGCAAGGGAGCUAAUUUGGUGUCCAUCAGAGAUGAUGUUGAAAAUAGAUUUAUUCUCAGUCAUGUUCCAGCAGGCUACAAUGCAGGUUUGUGGAUUGGUUUGAAUGAUAUAUCAAUGGAAAACAGUUUUAUCUGGUCUGACAAUAGCCGUGUGACAUAUACAAAUUGGAGCCCUGGUGAGCCGAACAAUCAGAACAAUGAGGACUGUGUAACUAUGUUAUAUAAUGGGAAAUGGAAUGAUGGUCAGUGUGAUUUUCCAAUCAGAAUGGCUGUCUGUAAAAUGCAAAUGAGCCAACAACAGCAAGGAACUCCAAUGGAACAGCGAGGCUGUCCAGCUGGUUCCAUUGGAUACCUGGCUCAAUGUUACACCUUAAUGGACACUCAAACAGUUAAUUACAAUCAGGCCAAAGCCAAUUGCAGAACAAGAAAUGGCUAUCUGGCAACAGUGGAUAAUGUCCAGAUCCAGUCAUUCCUGAGUUCUCAACUAUUUGGUAAAAGUUAUUCUGCUUACUGGAUGGGUCUGUCCUCUACUAACAGAAACUAUGUCUGGGCUUCCGGUCGACAAGUAUCAUUCACUUCAUGGAGUAACACUUAUACCGGAAAUCUAAUUAACACCUGUGUUGCCAUGCAAACUGCCAAUCCUGUGGGUUUGUGGGUAGACACCUACCCCUGCACUAGGCUCUUGCCUUACAUCUGUGAGAGUCCACGUGUGGGAUUUACUACUCCAAGAACCACUGUUACUACAACGAGCCUUCGACCAUGUCCCACUGGAUGGACGGCUAGAGGAAAUUUAUGUUAUAAGGCUUAUCUACCUAGUACAAACAUCACCAUGUCAUGGAUGGGAGCCAGAGCCUAUUGUGGUAAACAGGCUAUUGGGGCAACUUUAGUCACAAUACCAAAUAGUGUGACAGAAAACUGGGUGAAGACAACUUUACUUGGAAAUCGUCCAGGAAGUUACUGGAUUGGUCUGAAUGACAGAGACAAUGAAGCAGGUUUUAGUUGGACUGAUGGGUCCGGUUUAACAUACACAAACUGGGCCGCUGGUGAGCCUAAUGACUAUUUACAUGGGGAGGAUUGUGUUGUGUGGACCCUACCAGUUAACAAAUGGAAUGACCUUUAUUGUUAUGUUGCAAAUAGUUUCAUAUGCCAAGUUGGACGAGGUGCCAUUGUACCAACUACAAGACCAACUGUUACUCCAGGAAGAAACUCCCCUCAAUGUGGGAACUCUACACAAUGGACCUUGUACAGUGGCUUCUGCUACUAUGUUAGCACUCCAUCAACGUUAGUUACCUGGUUCCAGGCUAGAUUGGCUUGCAAGGAUAUGUCUGCAGAACUGACAAGUAUUUCCAAUGAUGAUGAAAAUGGUUAUGUAACUACUAUGAUCAGCCAAAGUCCUAUAGACUCUUUUUGGAUUGGUCUCAAUGAUUUGGAGCAAGAGACAUAUUCUUGGACUGACAUCAGUCCCAUAUCAUAUGUAAACUGGAAUGCUCGACAGCCAGAUGAUUCUUAUGGUGGUGAACAGUGUGUUGAAAUCAACUCUCAAGGUCGUUGGAAUGACCAGUACUGUCAAGAGAAAAGAGGCUAUGUGUGCAAAAAACGUCUUGGUAACUUUACACCUCCACCAUGGACAACUCCCAGCGUGAAGGGUGGAUGUCCCAGAGACUUUACUUCUUUACCAUCUUUGCCUCGAUGCUACUAUGUUGGAGGAACAACUCAAAAUCAGCGUAAAACAUUUAAUCAGUCCAUACAAGCCUGCGCUCUCAUGGCUCAUAAACCAGAGUUGGCAUCAGUUCACAGCAAACUAGAAGAAAAAUAUAUUAUAACACUUAUUGCUAAUCUGCAAUGGCCUGCCUGGAUAGGAUUUAAUGACAUGAAAGUUAGAAAUCGAUUUGGUUGGGUGGAUAACUUAAAUGUAGAUUUCACCAACUGGGGGUUGAGACAACCCGAUGAGAACCUGCAAGACAAUAAUCCUGCAAAUAGGAGAGACUGUGUUGAUAUGCAAUAUGGCACUCAAAACAUUGGUAAAUGGGAUGAUAACAGGUGUUCCGAUAAAUAUGCUUAUGUCUGUGAGGCUAGAAAAGAGGACACUCUACCAACUGUCCCACCCAACACAAAUGGAUGUCCCAAUAGCUACUUAAGGUUUCAAAACAGUUGCUACAAAUACUAUUCAUACCUUUUCAACUGGACCGAUGCUGAAGGCUAUUGUAUGUCGGAGAACGGUCAUUUGGUCAGUCUGAGCACUGUUGCUGAACAAGCUUUUGUUGAAAUUCUGACCCAACAUGUGGAUGCCAUACAAUUGUGGGUUGGACUCACAUUUUCUUUGUCUGUACAAGGUUUUGCUUGGACAGAUGGGUGGCCUGUAACAUUUACCAACUGGGGUACUGGAGAGCCAGAUUUGACUGGUAUGACAGCUUGUGUCAGCCACACAGUUGAUGGCCAAUGGCAGGAUAACCCUUGUGUGAUGAAAAUGCCAUUUGUCUGUGAAAUUAAUUUAGUUCAACCACCUACUCCCAAACCUACCAUACCAGUCACUUUAGCUGCAUGUCCAAAUAGAAAUUGGCAACUCCAUGGUUCUUAUUGCUACUACUUGGAGCGUACACUUAAAAAAUCUUGGCCUGGUGCCAACUAUGCCUGCACAAUGCUUGGGUCUACACUUCUGACUAUUCACAGUGAUGAUGAGGCAAAAUUUAUCACAUUUAUGGUCACCCCAACAAGACUGAAUGCAUGGAUUGGAUUGAGAAGAGGAGAAGGAUUGGGAUUUGGUUGGACUGACAGAAGUCCUGUGGAGUAUUUAUACUGGGGACAGAAUGAACCAAGUGAUCCAGAUUCAACUAUGCACCAAGACUGUGUUAGGAUGUCUGGACAAGAUGGCACAUGGGCGGACACAGACUGUUUUGAUAUCAACCCAUAUAUCUGCAAAAUUGCUGCAACUUUGGCCACCAGUUCAACCCCAGUGCAGACUCAGCCAACUGGCCAGAAUACGCCAUAUAAUACUAAUAGUCCAAGUCAGGUGACUAAUAGUCCAAGUCAGGUGACUUAUAGUCAGAAUACUCCAUACAACCCUUACAACACACCUUUAAACCCUGGUAGUCAAAGCUCCAGCAGCCAAGUCAUUCCAGCUCAAAGUACUACAGUUUAUUUUCCACCAAUGACUCAGAAAUCUGUGGGUGGAAACGGCAAUAACAAUGAUUCUGGUUUGAGUGGUGGUUCUGUGGCUGGGAUAGUCUUAGGAUGUUUGGCUAUAGUGGCUGUGGCUGUUACAGUCAUGUUUGUGGCUAGAAAAUACUUCAACCUCCAGAUUGUGUUAAACAAACUUCCUUUCUCCUCAAGUAAUAACUCUGGCUUUGAUAAUGCCACCUACAGCGCCACUUCUGGUGAUAAAGUAAAUUUGCAAUUUUCUGAAACAUAGAACUUUCUGAAAAAUAAUAACUUGUACAAACCUAGUCUAGUGCCAAAAUCAUUUCCAUUAAGAAACUAUUGAAACUAUUUUGAAAAUUAAAUAUUAAUAGUUUGUAACAGAAAUGUUUUGAAAUAAUCCACAGAUUAUGAAAUUAUUUAUGUAUGAGACUCAUUGAGUUAAUACUUGACUAAAUACAAAUGAUUAAUCAUGUUGACGAGAAUUAAUAUUAUUUUUUGUUCUGCACAUGAAUUCAGACAUUCUUGUCCUUAAAACAGCAAGUUGUAAAAAAAUCAUAUAACUUUGUGAUUAGACAUAUUCACUCAUUCUCAACCAAUGUUGUUUUUUGUAUCAAUGUGCCAGCAUCCUGUGUGUGCAUGUGAUUAAUGUAAGAUGUGUUUACAAUGUAAGCUGUGUAUAUUGUUUAGCUUCUGUAAUAAAGAGAUUACCUUAAAAAAACAGCUGUUUACUUAUUUACCAUCUAAAUAAUUUACAUUGUAUGAUAUUUAACCAAGUCCAAGUACAAAUAGGAAAAAGUUUGAUAGAAGAUGAUACAAAAUGUACACAUUAGGAGCAUGAUGGCCAAAUUGUAAAGUGCUUGGCUUCCAAAUGAGGGGCCGUGAGUUUGCAUCUUGGUGAAGGCUGGUAUUUUUAGCUGGAUGCACCCACCCUUAUGAAACCGUAAACCAUAUCUUCUUUGAAUGCCCCUUCCUAAUCCACCUUUAGGCAGACCCUACUUCCACUACAGCCCAACAUAACCAACACCUUGUACGGCAGUGCUUAACAAGUGAAGAAAUUAGAAAACAGCACACUAUUUUCCCUUGGCACAGUCUGCAAAAGAGCUCACAGCAAAAAGCUGGCUAGAAGAAGAAGAGAUCCUGGAUUUUUAGAGUGCCUUCAAAUCUGAUGAAUACCUAACAAAUAUUGGGGAAGUAAGGGUGGUUGGUCAUUUGCUGGCCAUAGAAACACACUGAAAAUGAGUCACUUAGUUAUUCCUUAUCACACACUUCAAAGAAUUAAGCACUAUUCAUUGUGUUGACUUUAAUGGUUUUUAUUCCUAAUAGAUUUUUCAGAAAUAAAUUUUUUGCUUGCAAUUUAAAUAUUUUCAAUUCCACUACAUUUCUAUUUCCUCAUUUAACUUGUGCAGUAUACAUCGGAAUAAUUAUUACUACUACUACUACUAGUAUGGCAUUCUUCUGAUGCGAAGCGACUAUAUGGAUCAUCUCAUGAAAAUGGGAGGAAUGCCUGGGCAUUAGCUGUGGUCGGAACAAUGUCACCCACACAUCAGUUCCCCCCUCUCCAUGCUCCUGAUGCAUCCAAAGGAACGGCAGUGCCGAUACAGUUUGGGGUCAGUGACGUUGUUCUGUUGUCACAGAUAAAUAAAUAACAUGCUGUAGACAUUAAUAAAUAAUAACAAUAAUAAUAACAGAGACUUUGUGUUUAUAAAAGUAGACAUAGAAGACUAUCUUUUUUUGUUAUUGCCUCACUUUCUGUUAAUUACUUUCUCACAAAACAUUCACAACAAACAAGGACAUAAUAUAAACAUGUUAAAGUUAUUAUCACAUUCUUCCUUUUGAAGUUAUUAAUACUGAUAUCUACUAGGAACUUAAACAACUCGACCACUUCGGGUUGUCUUGACUGGCACAAGUUGUCUAGAUGUUGGUCUAUAACUGUUUUGUUUGUUUCAACAGUUUGCUGUUCGUUGUCUUCAUCGAAACUUAUUUAAAAAGCGUUGAUUUCACUUUUUAGGUUUUUCCAUUAUUUGUCUUUAUGAUGUAAGAUCUGGGUGAUGUUUUUUGACGACAACUGCUUUCUGGCAUGUUUGUCCUAGACGAACUCUUACUAUCUCUCCGACAGAGUAAUCUUUAGGUAGUCUUGCUUUUGCAUCGUAUUUCACUUAUAUUAUUUUAUUGUACUGUAGUUAACUAUCAGCCAUAGAAACUGAUAACCCUUGCAACAUACUUCCUAUAGAUUGCAAGGUCUGAAAGAGAACUUUUACUAUAUGCUGAUUUAGUGUGAAUGAUUCUAGGUCUCAAAUCAAUUGAAAUUACAUAUCCCUUAAGAUAUGACAUUAUUAAAAGGUUCUUAUUAUAUAUAACUUUUACCUGAGAAUGACAUUUUCCCCUUUUCUCAAAAUUUUAGAACUUUUCAGUUGUAUCCAUGGUUGGAAUGUAUUGUUUUCUCGGAUACUUAUUAUUAGCUAAAGCCUCUUAAGAUGGUCUUUUCUCUGUACUUAUAAUAAGCUAAUUAUUCUUAAGAUGAUCUCUGAUACUUAUAAUAAUCUAAAGUGUCUUAAGAUGGUCUCUUAUACUUCUGAUAAGCUAAAGCCUCUUAAAAAGGUGAAGCAAAAGUUUCUUAGACGAAUGAUGAUCUACUUCUAGUAAACUUCUUGCAUAGAUCAGUGAUAACGUGGAAAGCUUUCAGUCUCUAGCAUAAGUCUGCUUAUUUGAACAAUGCCUUGAUGUAAAACAAUUUACAUUUUGUAUUAUUUGGUCAAAUCAGAUUGUGAUUUUUUUUUUAAUUCUAAUUUUCCAUUAGCAAGUAAUAAUUAAAAAAGUCAAAUAUUUCAACAACAUAAAUAUUUCAAUCUAGUUAAUUUAUUUCAGUUCUAUCAUAUAUUUUGUUCAAAAGUAAAUUUCAAAUAAUGACCAUGCCAAACUAGAAAAACUCUGGUCAGAAAAAAAAAACAGAAAAAAAAUAAAAUUUUCAUUAUCUGUAAUUUUAUCACAAUUACAUAUGACAAAGAAAAAAUCUGUACAUUACCUUAAAUACCAAACUAAAAAUUUUAGAAAGACAUUUGACUUGAUCACAAAUAAGGAGGAGGCAAGUAUUAGCUUUAGUACAUAAGAAACAAAGGGCCUCUAAGUACAGAUAGGCAACAUAGACUAGUGUUUUUGUCAAGGGGUGAAAUGUAUUCAGAAACUUUCCUUUUAACAUUUAAGUGUACAAAAUAAUGUGUUAUGUUGAUAGCAUCCCAUAUUUAUAUAAAUGAUUGAAGAACAUUGGUUACUGAUUGAAAAACAUUGGUUGUUAUUUGAAAAACAAAAAAUGCCAUCUGACAUGUGUCCUAAAAAUAUUAAUUGUCGAUUAUACAUUUUACUACUACUCAAAUAGGAACAAUGUUUUCAAAGGGUGCUUGCUUGCAAUGCAUUUAUAGAUGUAGAAAUCUGAAAGCUAAUUUUUCUUUGAAUACGCUGAAUAAUGUUCGACUGUCAAUCUUCAAAGUAAAUAAACUCUUGAAUGUAAGUAUAUUGGUAGCUAAACUCUUGAAUGUAAGUAUAUUGGUAGCUAAACUCUUGAAUGAUUUGUAUUGUUUUUUUAGUGGAAUGUGAGGAGUACACAAGUGUAAAAACAUUUUAUUUUGUACAGAAAACACAGUACUACUCAACAAAUGGGAAGAAUUUAGUUUUAAAAUUUUUAAACUUAUAAGGAUAUUUAGCAAUUGUAAAAACUAACACUAUAAGAUCCAAGUAUCCAGCAUUUCAAAUAGAAAUUAAAAAGUAGAGAUAAAAGUAAAAGUAUUACCCUGACAUCCUUGUAGUAAACAUUUUUCAGUCUUAGUUAAAACACCUAUGUGUACUUAUAAAAAAAAUUUUCGUUUUUAAAGAAACUUUUCCAUUUGGUAAUUAAGAAUUAAUGUUACAGUAACAAUCAUUAACAUGGUGAAUCAGUCAUCAUCUGAAAGUCUACAAUAUCCUGAACACUUAAAUUCAUUUCCUUUUCAAUGAGUUAGAUGACAAUUACAAUUAAUACAAAUCAAUUUUUUUUUGUCUUAAAAUAACUUUUUUACUAAAUCAAAAACUGCCAAAAUGUAUUAAUAUACAAUCCUUUAUUUAU